GUGCGGAUAGCAUUCCACAAGAGCAUUUGGCAGCCCAGAAUAGUCCCCAUUGAUGCGGUAACUCCUCGAGGAGUUUCUGUGAGUAUUCUGGACCAGGUCAGGUUUGUCCCUAAGAAAAUCGGUUCCCGACCAAGCCCUGGUGAUAAGGUUGAA